GUAAGCACCAGCCCUAACUCCGCAACCACAAGCUAUAAGAACCUCCCACCCUCCCUGCCCUCACACUCCCAAACCAAACCAAACCAAACCAAACAGCACAGAACAAAAUGCACCUAAUCCUCACCGGCGCAACAGGGCUUAUUGGCUCCGCCGCCCUGGACGCCAUGCUCCGCACGCCGGAAAUCACGCGAAUCUCGAUCCUCAGCCGCCGGCCGGUGCGCAUGGCCGAGGAGGCGGGCGACCCGCGCGUGCAGGUCCUGCUGCACCAGGACUUUGGGGUGUAUGGGCCGGAAACACUGACGAAGUUGGCGGGGGCGACGGGGUGUGUGUGGGCGUUAGGGGUGAGUCAGAACGCGGUUACGGAGGGGGAGUAUAAGCGCAUCACACGGGAUUACGCACUUGCUGCCGCAGAGGCGUUUGCGGGGCUCCCAUCUGCUCAACAACCCCCACAGGAGUUGGUGUCGGUGACUGCGUCGCAGACAGCACCCUCAACAACACCAACAAAAGGACACGCUCCCUUCAACUUCGUUUUCGUCUCCGGGGCCGGCGCGAGCACCACCCCGAACCCAGGCCCCUUUGUCCCGCUCUACGGUCGGGUGAAAGGCGCUACUGAACGCGAUCUCUCCCAGCUCAUGCAGCGCACCCCCGCCCUACAGGCGGUGUCUGUGCGGCCCGCGGUCGUGGGACCCGCAGGGCACACGGCGAUCCUGCCCUACGUCCCCACUGUCCCGGGGUAUGUGGACUGCGUGCGGCGGUGGGGCCCACGAUGGGGGCAGUGGGCGCCGGGCUGGUGGACGCCGACCCGGGAGUUGGGGGGGUUGGUGACGCAGUUGGCGAUGGGGCGGGUGGAGAUGGAGAGGAUACGGGGGGUACCGAGGGGGGUGGAGUUUGUGGGGGGGAUGGCUGUUUUGGAGAAUGAGGGGAUGAGGGCUAUAGGGGGCUGGAAGUAA